AUGGUUCUAUACAGGAGGGUUCUGAAGAUCCCGGCAAUUCAUCUUGUCGGUUUCGGUGAUCCAAGGUUAGUUUUCUUCAGUGUAACCGUGGAGUUUAACCCACCUAUCAAACUCCAACUACGAGAAAUCAUACAAGGAGCAACGGUUCCACGAAUGACAGUAAGCGACUAUUUAGUUGUGCGAAUGGAGAACGGCGAGGUACCUAACCCUGAACAUCAACGUGUUCAGGCAACUUCCUCAGAUGCACCUGCCAACAGUGAUGAUGCUUCUCAAGAUCACCAGAAUACGGACACAGUGACUACGAUGUUACAACGCUUAGUCCUCAAUGAGAAAGCUCACUUUCGUCACCAAACACGUGGAGAAGCCCCCUUGACGGCAGCGGAAAAGAUGAACCUUGCACGGGAUCUGUUCCAACGCAGACCUGGUGUGUUCCUUGAGCGCUUCGGCGAUUUCCUGUGUUGGCCCGAGGACCGGGUCAAUUUCCUACCAUUAUAUCAUUCCAAUGAUGUGGUUAGCUUUUUCGUGGACAAGUUGGAGAAGGCGAACUCAAUCUCCGACCAUAACUCUCGCUUUGAGAGAAGCAUUUCUCAUCGGAUCCGUAAUCGACGCUUUAAUGCUCUGCAGCAACUCCAUUGGGACACCGACCAGACCAGUUCCAUUUCGCAACAUUUCACCCACGAAGCCAUGCGACAUCGGGACCCAUUGUUGUGGGAGUCUAUGGUCGGAAAGUAUCUAGACGACCAUUCCCGUCGUGAACAUCUCGGACGCGAGUACUCCUCAUUUAGCGGUUUCCUUCUUGGCGAAUUAGUUCGAAAAGAGGAGGCGAAGGAUUUUAACAAGGCACGCAUGAAUCAAGCAAACUCGCGGGCCUCCAUCAUUGACCUUGAUGUGGACGGUGAGUUAAUCCGUAUUCCUUUGAAUCUCGGACUUGUGUGCGCCAGGAACAGACGCAGAAGAUGAACUAACCAAUCCGGAUACGAUGAAGCAGCAAUUUCUGGAACUGAUGAAAAUGCGAUUUAUAGCUGGAAAGGAUGAUUUUGAUUACAGGUACAAAGCUUACAUACAAAAUUACGGAGUACGCUCUGGUUUUUCCCUAGGUGAGAACCCAAAAGCUUUGGAGAAAAAUGUUGCAAGCAGGCAGCGUUUGGAAAGGUCACCCCAGGGCACCAGGCUGGAUGACGUGAGAAGUUCUAAGCUUUCUUGUCGGAAGUGUUGCAGGACGUGGUGGGCUUUCGCCUGACAAGUGUAUCCCCAACAACAAGCCACAAAUGUCUGUUUACCAACCCUGCGACGUGGCCGAUAUGAUUUGUUAUUUAACGUAGUCACUGCCCCCUAUCAUGCAUCGGCAAGUUGACGGAUACCACAUUUCACAAGUUCUGCACAUAUAUCCGCUCUCAUACAACGACACGUGCAUUAUUGAGAUGCCUGCAUUCUUAAAACGCUUUUACAGGUUCGUCCUCAUGCUUCACUCACACCACUCGCACUGUACUCAACCUCAACAGACCAGUUCCUCACCAACAUACCCAACACCGAGAACCUCCGUAAUACUUACCUUACGUCCCGUACUCUGCGAACCAUUUCCCUUACGCACCUUCUGAUUACGCAUGCCGAGGCGUGAAUCGAUACGCUCGUGGAGCAACUUCACUCAAUCUUUGGGCCAAAUGGGCCCACACGACUGACAACAUCUGUAUUGCUCUUGCUCUUGGACCUGCGAUUUGUGCCAUUAUGUACAACCAUGUAUUAUUCUGAUCGCGCCCAAAUGCGCUGUUGCUUUGUAGAAAAAAAGCUUUUAAUCAUUUGACGUACUCAUUAGUAGGGGAUAUUGUUUUAACUAAAUAAAGUUCUUUGAG